GCAGGCGGCCGGGCGGGCGGCGGGAGCCGGAGGAGGAGCUGCCGCCGCCGCCACCGCCGCCGCCAUAGAGACUGUAGCCGUGGAGACUGUUACUUACCAACGGGGACCAACACGCAGCAGCCGCCGCCGCCGCCGCCGCCGCGGGAGCCGCUGCCCGAACUCCCGGCCCGAACUCCAGACCUGAGCAUGCAGAACUCCGAGAGUGGAUCGGAUUCACCAGCGUCCGUGUCUCUGCGUCCCACGGCAGCUGCCCAGCCUGUGCCAGCAUCCCCACAGAGGGUGCUGGUCCAGGCUGUGGGCUCUGUGCCCAAAGGAACCCCCAUGCAGCCAAUCGCCCUCCCCAGAGUUCAGCUGGUGCCACAGCAGGUCCAGCACGUGUACCCAGCACAGGUGCAGUACGUGGAAGGGGGAGACGCCGUCUACACGAAUGGAGCCAUACGGACGGCCUAUGCCUACAACCCUGAGCCUCAGAUGUACGCCCCCAGCAGCGCGGCUUCUUACUUCGAGGCCCCGGGAGGCGCCCAGGUGACGGUGGCAGCCUCGUCCCCUCCAGCAGUCCCCUCCCACAGCAUGGUGGGCAUCACCAUGGAUGUUGGGGGGAGCCCCAUUGUGUCCAGCGCGGGAGCCUACCUCAUCCACGGGGGGAUGGACGGCACGAGACACUCUCUGGCUCACACUGCCCGCUCCUCGCCAGCCACGCUUGAAAUGGCGAUUGAAAACCUCCAAAAAAGCGAAGGAAUCACACCCCACAAAAGCGGCUUACUCAACAGCCAUCUGCAGUGGCUGCUGGACAAUUACGAAACUGCCGAAGGCGUGAGUCUGCCCCGAAGUUCUCUGUACAACCAUUACCUCCGGCACUGCCAGGAGCACAAGCUGGACCCCGUGAAUGCCGCUUCCUUCGGGAAGCUGAUCCGCUCCGUGUUCAUGGGGCUGCGGACACGGCGCCUGGGGACCAGGGGCAACUCCAAGUACCAUUACUGCGGGAUCCGGCUGAAGCCCGACUCCCCGCUGAACCGGCUGCAGGAGGACACACAGUACAUGGCCAUGAGACAACAGCCCAUGCACCAGAAGCCCAGGUACCGGCCAGCCCAGAAAACAGAUAGCCUUGGGGACAGCAGCUCCCACAGCAGCCUGCACAGCACGCCAGAGCAGGCCAUGGCCACCCAGAGCCAACAGCACCAGCAGUACAUAGAUGUCUCUCACGUCUUCCCGGAGUUCCCAGCACCUGACCUGGGCAAUGUGCUGCUGCAGGAGAGCGUCACACCGCACGACGUGAAGGCCCUCCAGCUGGUGUACAGACGGCACUGCGAGGCCACCCUGGACGUCGUCAUGAACCUCCAGUUUCACUACAUUGAGAAGCUGUGGCUGUCCUUUUGGAAUUCCAAGGCCUCUGCCAGUGACGGCCCCACCUCUCUCCCUACCAGUGAUGACGAGCCGGAUGGUGCCGUCCUCCCCAAGGACAAGCUCAUCUCGCUGUGCAAAUACGACCCCAUCCUCAAGUGGAUGAGGGGCUGUGACCACAUCCUGUACCAGGCCCUGGUGGAGAUCCUGAUCCCUGAUGUGCUGCGGCCUGUCCCCAGUACCUUGACCCAGGCCAUCAGGAACUUUGCCAAGAGCUUGGAAGGCUGGUUGACAAAUGCCAUGAGCGACUUCCCGCAGCAGGUCAUCCAGACCAAGGUGGGUGUCGUCAGUGCCUUUGCGCAGACGCUGCGGAGAUACACGUCACUGAACCACCUGGCCCAGGCUGCCCGUGCUGUGCUGCAGAAUACAUCCCAGAUCAACCAGAUGCUCAGUGACCUCAACCGCGUGGACUUCGCCAACGUACAGGAGCAGGCUUCGUGGGUGUGCCAGUGUGAAGAAAGUGUGGUGCAGCGGCUGGAGCAGGACUUCAAGCUCACUCUGCAGCAGCAGAGCUCGCUGGAGCAGUGGGCUGCCUGGCUGGACGACGUGGUCACGCAGGUGCUGAAGCAGCACGUGGGCAGCCCUAGCUUUCCCAGGGCUGCCCGCCAGUUCCUACUAAAAUGGUCCUUCUACAGUUCCAUGGUGAUCCGAGACCUGACGCUGCGCAGCGCCGCCAGCUUCGGCUCCUUCCACCUCAUCCGGCUGCUGUACGAUGAAUACAUGUUUUACCUGGUGGAGAACCGUGUGGCUGAGGCCACUGGGGAGACGCCUAUCGCUGUCAUGGGAGAGUUCAACGACCUCUCCUCUCUGUCGCUGACGCUGCUCGACAAAAAGGACAUCAGUGAUAGGCGCAGCAGCGAGGUUGACACCGAUGCCCGCAGUCUGGGCGAACCCCUGGUGAAGCGGGAGCGCAGUGACCCCAGCCACCCGCUGCAGGGUAUCUAGCACCUUCCACAGGUACCUGCCACCAGCUUCCUGAAGGUGUCACCCAGGACACCUUCAGCUGGCUCCACCACGUUAGUGCCUCUUAGAUGGUGUGAUGUUUACUCUGACUUAAGAGGGCCCUGUGGUCUGUGUGCCCAUAAAGGACUAAAGGAUGAGAGACUGUUCGAGAAGAAAUACGGUCACCAGGGUGCCACAGUUCCUGCGGAGGCUCCCUUGGCCAUGGCAGCUGCAAGCACCCACUUGUUCCUGGGCCACUCGUGUGAGCCGUGGUCCAGGUCCCCUUGAGAGCCGGGAGGACAGCGCUAAGAACGCAGCUCCCACAUGCUGUACUUCUGCAUUCAGCUGCCGGUUUACACAGUGAUUCUCUAGCAAGCCUGGCUGAGCAGGAGGGAGGAGUGGCCUUCCCCACUGGGCCCUGCCCCACCUCGGGAGCUGAGGCAGAGGCCCUGGCCUGGUGCCCCUGGGUGUGAAGGACCUGCCUCAGCGUGUCCCUUCUGGCCUUGUGGACAGGCGGCCUAGGCCUCCUACCCACCAGGCUGUGCUGAGGCAGGAGGGGCUGCCAGCCUUGCAGGAGCUCCAUUUCCAGAUGCCAAAGGCCAAGGCCCCGGAUGGAUCCACAGCCCAGAAAAGAACAAGCCACAGAAAAAGCGGCCCACUCGUGUCUAAACAAUCCAAACCAGAAGUUUGCUCGGCAACGGCAAGGACCAGGGGUUCCGUCCAAGCUCGUCUGCAGCAAGCCAAACCACAGGAUCGAAAUGGGUUUGCUCGAGGGCCCGAGCGGUCAGGGUCACGCAGCAGCUUCCAAGGGCAGCCGCUCUGCCAUGUCACACCCACACGCGGUGCCUAGGCCCCUCUGCCGUCUUCCAUCUGGAUAGGCCAUCCUCGAGUGCUCUGACCCCAGCAAGUCCCAUCUUGACCUCUUCACAGUCAAAGCCCCUCUUAGGGACAAACAACCUAGGAGCCAUGAGGCCCCUAGACUUAAGACACUCUGGAUUCACGUGCGUGAAGACGUGGCUGUUGCACUGCGCUCCCUGCGUGCAAGAGCUCUGUCCCGACACGCAAACUUCUCUCUGGUCUAGGAAGUGCCACCUACUGAACCGCAAUAGUUUCUUUUUGAAAAAAUGUUUUGCCAAUAGUUUUGUGCUGUAAUUGUUCUUAGAAGGUUUCUUAUGAGCGUGUUUAUCGCAGUGUAUCUAGUCCCCCAUGUUUUGUUCUCAUUCACACAGAAGGUACUAACGUAACUCAUGUGGCCUUGAAAACCUUGCUUCUCGGGGAGCAGGAGUGGCAUGCACCCCUUGACCCCACUGGGGGUGCAGCAGGAAGGGAAAGAUGUGUGCUUAUUUUCAAAGAAAAAGUCCGUAAUAAUCACUCCGUUUGUCUGGUCUGUAGUUCGAGACAUAGAUGAAACAGACGGGAAGAAUGUCCCCCAGGCAACGUUUAGUGCCUCGUGACUGGAUGGUAAUGACCAGCUUGGCGCUGUGGAGUCCGAUAGUCUGGGCUCUGCCUUGGCUCGUCCUCUCCUUUGCAGGGAGAAACUGAGGUGACAGAGGAGCCAUAGCCCCGGCCCCUUCUCGUUUUCCAGCAGUGAACACAGGGAGCAUGCCUGUUUCAGGGUUGCACCCACAACUCCAUCCCCAGCCCUCCACAUGAUGCUCCCGGGGGAGGGGGGAGGGUUCUGGGGUCCCCUGCCCUGGGACAGUCAGCCUGCCAGGGAGGCCCAGGCUGCAGCUCCGUGGGGAGCAGGGACAAAACCUUUGGCCCCAGGGCAUUCUGGUGCCUUCCAGAAGGAUCUGUACCCCAGGCCAGCUCUGAGCCAGUGGUGGCAAGAAAAGGAUGCUGUGCCUAGAAUGGCCAGUGUCUGUUCUUGACAUUUGCACACAGACCUGACCCACCCAGAUGCCCCAGAAUAAGUAGAUAUGCAGUAGCUGGUGACCCCACAGACGCUUCCAGACUACACAUGCCUGCGUCCAGAAGUGACUGCAUGUACCUGUCAGCUGAUCCCAAAGCUGCUUCUCUGGCUAAGCCAGUGUCCCAGCUGACUCCGUGACAGGCUCUGAGAAUCCACGCACCCCUCCCCCCGGCCAGGGCCAGGCUCAGGCAGUCUGCCCCCUGUGUUCCCCCUACCUGAAGCCCCAGAGUCAAGUCCAGCAGACACCAGGUGGCCUAGCAAGUGGCCACUGCCCCCAGCCUCCCGAGAGCUGGCCCUACCUGGGGUCCAGAGAGGCUGGUAAGAGUGGAGGCUCCUGAGCAGGAUGGUUUCUGCCCUUGGAGCUGGAGAGGGUCUGAGCUUACUGAAGGCCCACAGGCCAUCAAGUUCCCAGGAGCUCCCUUGGGUAAGGCACCAGGCAGGUGCCACACAGAUAGAUAAUGGGAAUCUCAGACCUACUGAGAGCCUUCAGGAGACAUGAUGGUAAUCAGUGGCCACAUGUGUCCCUUCUCCUAC